AUGGAGGGGAGCACAGUGGCGAGAAUGUCUGCCUCUUUCUGUCCCUCUUUGGGCAUUUCGAUUAUCUCUGUUUCUUUCUUGUUGUUUCUUGAGUUUUUGUUCAGCCCUCUUUUGUCUGCGCCUCUCUCUCUCUCUCUCCUUGUCUUGCCGCCCGCGCUUAACCCCCUUCUACGCGCGUGCGUACACAACCGACAGGAUUCACGGCUUCCGAAGGCUGCGCUUCUGCCGCCGGAGUGGGUGGAGAUGGCAACGACGUGCCCGCAGGACAAAAGCGACGGCCACGAGCACCCAGGCGGCAGCGCCGAAGGCACGCUUGAGCAGGCGCCUGAGCAGCCGCACGCGACUGUCUCAUCCGAAGGCGGGCUGGCGUUGAUUCUGACGUCCUCCGUGCCGCGCAGCGACGGCUCCACGGAUCACGAGUUCUGCCUGGCUGCGGGGUCACCGAGCCCUUUGCCGGUGGCAGCCGCCUCCACCGUGUCGCGCGGCGAAUCCUCGCCCGAGAGUUCCCCACGCCUCAUGGUUCAGGAACUUGCAGGCUCCACGGCGAAUCGCGCCAAUGACAGCAAUGACCACGAGGAAUUGUACUCACCCCUGUCCGCGGCGGGUCUGCAAAGUCCGAUGGCUGAUCUGCCACGCCGGGAACGCGCUGCUCUCAUGCCGCCGCCGCCUUCACCGGGUGAGGCGGACACGAGUGGAGCGGUGCGGGCGCACUUGCACGCGACUGUGAUUACAGAGACGCACCUGCGGGAGUUGCAACUUACGAUGCAGGAGAACCGUGAGCUGCGAAGGGAGCUUGCCACCGCAAGAGCAUCUCUGCGAGAGGCGCAGCAAACAGCGGAGUCUCGUGAGUUGGAGUGCGUCGAGCUCCAUCGACUCGUGGAUAAGUUGCAAGCCCAAAUGAGUUGUCUACAACUGGUGUCCAGGAGGAAGCUAAGUCUGUCGAGCACACAGGAGCCCCGCAAAGGAAAUCUCCACACUGCUUCGUCGACAUCGAGCAUGCGGAGGGCAAACGGUGCAUCGGGGUCUCAAUUGCUGGGGGAUAACGAAGACAGGGCAGGGCGGGGGAUUCCGCCCAGCAGGGAGAUUCCUGCCACAGAGCCAAGGCAGGACACUCAACUGGAGUUAUCUACCACCUCUGACUUGGCUGCUGCCAAUGUAAGGUCGACUAGUAACUCUGCCGCGGUGGGAGAGCAGGCCUCGCUUCAAAAGUUGUGCGAGGAGCGUGACAUGUUGGCGAAAGAGCUCGCGCGAGCAAAGGUUGUCGUCGCGGAGCAGGAGACCAUUCUAGACAGGCUUGGGCUACAUUUCCCGUACCCCGGCGGGGCGGUGGGUGCCGCGCGUCGCAUCAUCCCUGUGCUUGAGCCGCUGCAGAAGAAGCAUACAAGAAAGCGACGGCCUCUUGUGCAGGAUUGCGCGACGCACUUGGGGGGUGGGCCUGAGCGCAAGCAAGAUAGCGCCGAAAAGUGA